UCCUCCGAAGGACGCCUCUUCUGCCCAAGGACCUUCGAUGGGUGGUCCUGUUGGAAUGAUACUCCGGCGGGGGAGAGAGCCUUCUCUCCCUGCCCGUAUUUCAUUACAGGGUUCGAUGACAGAAGAAUGGCCCACAAAGUUUGCAACGAAGAUGGUUCCUGGUUCAGGCAUCCGGAAACCAACCUCACCUGGUCUAAUUACACUACCUGCAUUGAUCUGGAGGACCUUAUGAUAAGGCAGCUGAUCAACAAUAUCUACCGAGCUGGAUAUGCAGUUUCGCUGAUAGCAUUGGUCAUCUCCCUCUUCAUCUUCUUUUACUUCAGAAGUCUGCAGUGCACUUGCAUACGCCUACACAAAAACCUGUUCGUCAGCUUCAUCUUAAACAACAUCCUGUGGAUAGUUUGGUAUCUGGAAGUUGCCGAUAAGCCUGAGACAGUCUUCAAUAACACGACGGGAUGCCAGGUCCUGCACAUCCUCCUCCAUUACUUCCUAGUCUCGAACUACUACUGGAUGUUCUCAGAGGGCCUCUACCUCCACACCCUGCUGGUGGUGGCCUUCGUCACGGAGGACCACAUGAUGAGAUGGUUCUACCUGCUGGGGUGGGGAGCCCCGGCCAUCAUCGUCGCCGUCUACGCGGGUGUCAGGGGCACUUCUACGUCAGAUACCCAACACUGCUGGAUCGAGGAGAGCCACUACACCCUCCUCCUGUCCAUCCCUGUCUGCCUGUCCAUCCUGGCCAACCUGGUCUUCCUGAUCAACAUUGUGAGGGUCCUGGUGACGAAACUGAGGGCCAACCACGUCCCGGCGGACACCAACGGCACCCGGAAGGCCGUGAGGGCCACCCUCAUCCUCAUCCCAUUGCUGGGGCUCCACUACGUCCUCAUGCCCUUCAGGAAAGGCUUCCGAAGUUCCGGUUGCAAACCGGCGCCGGGUUCCAGCGGGGAGUUGGUUUAUCAGAUAGUGUCUGCCCUCGCAUCUUCAUUCCAGGGAUUCUGUGUGGCACUGCUCUUCUGUUUCUGCAAUAGUGAGGUGACAACGGCUAUCAAAAAGAGAUGGGUUCAGUACCAGUUCAUACACGAACGACCUCGUUUUACUCAGUCCGCCUCAUGUGCCUUGCCUGUAAAUGGCGUGUGUAAAAAGCCAAACAAGGAUCUACGUAAAUUCUUACUCCGGCGUCCUUUCCUCGGGUUAAAAUCCCAACAGGACAGCCAUCAUCACCAGCCCCCUACGCAGCACCACCUGAGAUCUCGGGACGUUCCAGUGGCGACCAUAGGGGCCGCUGGAUCUACCAGCUGGGGCUGCGUGGUGGUGGAGUCCCAACCAACCCAAAUGGGCCCGUUGUACCCGGGGGCAGACGAACCCAGCAACGAAGACAAACACAAAGUGCAGGUUGAGUGUAGGAGCCUCGAGAUGAAGCCUUACCCGAGGGCUUUCGAGGCCAAUGCCAACCGCGAAGUAGAUAGGCAUCUGAAAACCUUCGCGGAGACUCACUCCCUUACGUCGCCUCACCUCAUCCCUUUGACCUCCUCCCGAGGGAACAGCUGGGAGCCGCUGCCUUCGGAGGGAGGCUGCAACCACAGCCACUUCGCCGACGACUCCUCCACCUACGAGAUGAAGCACGACAUCACGGAGGAGAGCAUCAUCGAUGAGGAGGAGGAGGAGGACGAAGUCUUCGGAGGAGUUGAUAAUGGCUGCUCCCGCACCAAAGUGGAGAGCUACCUGACAGACAGGAGGGACAGCAGCCUCCUGAGGGCUGGUCUGAGCCCCGAGACGAUCAUGACCAGCGACGAGCUCAAAUUGGACGGGGACCAGGAACCCGCUGAUGCGUCUUGGACAAGUCCGGAUGUGGAUGAACGAGCGAGGAAAACAAGUUCCAUUGACAAUCCUAAUGGGUUUUCUCAUAACGAAGUGACAGUACAACCCUGUGUUGGAGGUAACGGAAAUUUGCCUCAAGUCACAAAUACCUCAACUCAUCAAAGUCACAAAGACCUCAUAAUCAUGACUGCGAGACAAGACGAUAAACCCACAGGUUAUUUGGGCGAUCUAACACAAACUACUGACUAUGGCUCCCAGGAAAACGAAAGUUAG